AUGGAGACUGUCGCUGUGUCGAGACCGGGUUCGAGGCUCAGAUUUGACGUGUUCCUCAGCUUCCGAGGCGAAGACACGCGCCACAACAUAACGGAGCGUGUCUAUGACGCGCUCCACAGGAAGGAAAAGGUCCGUGUCUUCCUCGACAACGACGGUAUGGACCGAGGCGAUAAGAUCCAGCCAAGUCUCAUCGCAGCCAUAGAGGACUCGGCGGCCUCCGUUGUCGUCUUAUCCCGUAACUACGCCAACUCUCACUGGUGCCUUGAUGAAUUAGCUAUGCUCUGUGAUCUGAGAGCUUCUCUGAAACGUCCGAUUAUACCCAUCUUUUGUGACGUCAAUCCCUCGCAUGUCCGCAAACAAAGUGAUCAUUUCAAGGAAGAUUUUGAGAAACACGCGGAGAGAUUUAGCGACAAGAUAGAGCGAUGGAGGGGAGCUAUGGAAUUAGUCGGAAAUCUCUCUGGAUUUGUUUGGAGGGAAUUUGGCCAAAAUGCAUCGGUUGAUGAUGCCAUGAUAGGGCUAGUGGUGAAAAGGGUUUUAGCUGAAUUGAGCAAUACACCUGAGAAAGUUGGAGAUUACACGGUUGGACUCGAAUCACGUGUCGAUGAUCUGAAGAAUCUGUUCGACAUUGAAUCCACUUCUGGCGUUCAAGUCUUGGGACUUUACGGUAUGGGUGGUAUUGGGAAGACGACCCUUGCAAAAGCCUUCUAUAACAAGGUUGUUGGAAACUUCAAGCAACGUGUUUUCAUCUCAAACGUCAGAGAAAGUUCAUCAGACCAAGAUGGCUUAGUCAAUCUCCAGAAAACUUACAUCAAUGAACUUAACUCUUCCAUGCCUCAAAUAGAAGAUGUUAACACAGGCCGGCAAAAGAUAAGAGAAAAUGUUCAUGAGAAGAAGAUUCUUGCGGUUUUGGAUGAUGUUGAUAAUGUAGACCAGGUUGAUGCGCUGGUUGGUGAAAGAAGAUGGUAUGGUCAAGGAAGUCUUAUAGUCAUCACUACCAGAGAUGAAGAGAUUCUGACUAAGCUCUCAGUGAACCAACUGUAUGAGGUCAAGUGCGUGACUGAGAUGCAGGCAUUGAAGCUGUUUAGUUAUCAUUCAUUACGAAAAGAAAAACCAACAGCGAAUCUAUUGGACUUGUCCAAGAAGAUUGUCCAGAUAACAGGACAGUUGCCACUGGCUGUUGAAGUGUUUGGUUCUCUUUUGUAUGACAAGAAGGAGAAAAAGCAAUGGGAAGCUCAACUAGAGAAGUUGAAAAGUACCCAACCAAAUGAUCUUCAGGAUGUUCUGGCAUUGAGUUUUAAAUCUUUAGACGAUGAAGAAAAGAAAGUAUUCCUUGACGUUGCGUGUCUCCUUCUCAAUAUGGAGAGAACAAAAGAAGAAGUUGUCGACGUACUGAAAGGAUGUGGGUUUAACGCUGAGGCUGCUCUAAGUGUUCUCAGACAGAAAUCUCUCAUUAAGAUUGUUAAGAGGAUGGCACACGAUACUUUGUGGACGCAUGAUCAGAUUAGAGACAUGGGUAGGCAGAUGGUCCUUAGAGAAAGCAGUGAGGAUCCUGGAAUGCGAAGUAGACUCUGGGAUCAUAAUGAAAUUAUGACCGGAACAAUAUCCAUUCGAGGAAUGGUAUUUGACUUGAAAAACAAGUCUGAAAGGGACCUGAAUGCAGAGGAUAUUGCGUUGAGGAAUCUACCGAAGAAUAAAGGCAUCAACUCUCUGUGUAGCUACGUGAAGAACAAAUUUAUACGAUUUCGAGAAGCGGAAAAGCCAAAAAGUUCUCAAAUCACCAUUCCUGUAGAGUCGUUUGUACCAAUGAUGAAGUUGAGACUUCUUCAGAUUAAUAACGUGGAACUGGAAGGAAACCUUAAACGCCUCCCAUCUGAACUCAAGUGGAUACAGUGUGGAAUAAGACAAGUCCAGAGUUUGCGCAGCAAAAGGGUGGAUGAGAAUUUGAAGGUUGUAAAUUUGCGUGGUUGCUACAGGUUAGAAGCCAUUCCCGAUUUAUCAAACCAUAAAGCCCUAGAGAAGCUUGUUCUCGAGCGAUGCAACCUUCUGGUGAAGGUUCCUAUAUCAGUUGGUAAUUUAACAACAUUGCUUCACCUGGACUUCAGAGACUGUUUAAAUCUUACUGAAUUUCUUGUGGAUGUUUCUGGACUGAAGCGUCUUGAAAAACUUAUCCUCUCUGGCUGUUCAAGUCUGAGUGUGUUACCAGAAAACAUUGGCGCCAUGCCAUGCUUGAAAAGCCUUCUUCUUGAUGGAACUGCGAUAAAGAAUGUACCAGAUUCUAUCUAUCGGCUUCAAAAUCUUGAAAAGCUUAGUCUAAGAGGUUGCAAGUCUAUUCAAGAGAUACCUUUUUGUGUAGGAACAUUGACAUCACUGGAAGAACUAAAUCUUAGUGAUACUGCAUUGAAAAAUCUUCCGAGUUCUAUUGGAUGUCUAAAAAAUCUCCAGAAGCUGCAUUUGAUUCAUUGCGCAUCCCUUUCUAAUAUACCUGGCACUAUCAAUGAGCUCAUAUCAUUGAAAGAAUUAUUCCUCUAA